AUGGCUUCCAAGGCCAUUCAAGUGAUGGUCAAAUCAAGGUUGGAGAGAGAUGCUAGUUUGUCUACCACAUCCAAGAAUACUGAAAUGCAAUUCAGCAUUGCUAGGGCCUUAGAGGUACUAGAGACAGUCAACAAUGUAGAUGAAGAAUUAUAUGAGAAGGCAGCUGUCAAGAUAAUGGCAGACCCGAUGUCUGGCUCAAACUUGGAAGAACUAGAUAGGGAAGAAACUGAAGAAGAUUUGGUUAUGUGUAUGACUCUACUUAUGUAUGCACAAGAGAGUUCACUACACACUAGAGAGCCCAUUCGUGAUAGUGCACUAACAGGCCCAGAACGUCGGGUAAGAGAUAUAGCUGAACAUUUUCAGCAUUCACCAGAGACCAUUGGUAGGCAUUUUAAUACAGUACUGGAGGCUUUCCUCAAGUUAAGAGAAGUUAACAUAAGACCACCACCAUUUGAUAAGAUUGCCCCAGAAAUUAAGAAUGAUCCCAAAAAGUAUCCUUUUUUCAAGGAUUGUAUUAGUGCUAUCGAUGGAACUCAUAUAGAUGCACGUGUUCCUCUACACAAACAAGUACCUUAUAGAGGGAGAAAGGGACAAACAACACAGAACGUCAUGUGUGCGUGUUCACAUGACAUGAAAUUCACUUUUGUGAAUAGUGGCUGGGAGGGAUCCGCAAAUGAUUGUCGAGAAUUUGCAACGGCACUCGCAGAUCCAACCUUACACUUUCCUCAUCCUCCUCUAGGCAAAUAUUACGUAGUAGAUUCUGGAUAUCCAUCUAUUACAGGGUUUUUAACACCAUUCAAGGGACAACGGUAUCAUCUCCGAGAUUUCGAGUCAAGAAGAGCGCAGAAUGCUAAAGAACUUUUCAACCAAAGACAUUUGAGUGUUAGGAAUGUUAUCGAGUGUAGUUUUGCUUCAUUGAAACAACGGUUUCCUAUACUAAGCAAAAUGCCACGUUUUCCUCUUUCGACCCAAAGUCGUAUCGUCAUUGCAUGUUGUGCCCUACACAAUUUCAUUCGGGAUGAACAAAAAGCUGACACAAAUUUUGUGUGGUUUGGAGAUUAUAACAAUUUACAGAGACCCCCUGAUGAGGAUUUCAUCCUACCUGAGUAUGGUAAUUCUAGCCAACGAAAUAGGGCAAGAAAGAUGGAUGAAUUUCGAAAGUACAUUGCUAACGAGUUGGCCUUAUCAAGAAACAUGGCUCCAAUUGAAUGA